GGCAGUUUUAUUCAUGUUUCAGCGCUCGAAUCUGCAACACCGUGAACGCAAAACUCUAAAAAUCACUCAACGACUUUGAAAAACAAACGCUAAACGUGUCGCAGUUUCUUAAAAAAAAAUAAAAGGAGAAAAAUAUCUAAUAUUUUUUGGCAACUUUGGAAACUCUUGUGUUAGUGUACGGCUUUGUGUUUGCGUGUGUGUUUGUGCAAAGGCGGAAAACAACUGCAAAAAAAUAAAAACAAAUGUGAAACAUUUUCCUGCAAAAAUCACAAAAAAUAAAAACACAUUAAAAUACUGCAAAACAUAGUUUUAAAAAACCUGUGUCCUCAAACAACAUUUCAAUAUCUACGAUUAAGUGCCCAAAACUGCGGCAUUUUCAAUAUUUCGUGGCAACCAGGUGAUCCGUAGGCCUUAAACUGGCGCUCAAGGUCAGGAAGCAUCUAUCCUUCUACUCGCCGACGCUGCUGAGCGCCGCCUUUACCAGCCUGAACGGUGUCUACAAUCCGCACGGCACCGGCAACAGCAGCGAUCCCGCUCCCGACGAGGAGCCCGACCAUCAUCAGCAGCAUCAUCAUCACCAUUCCCGGCUGAACAGCGACCGGGAACGAGAGCCCAGGCGCAGGCAUCGACAGCAGGAGGAGGAGGAGGAGGAGCACGACCUAGAGAUGGGCGGCCCCACAGCCCCCGGUAGCACUGUCGCUAGCAGCGGCGGUGGCGGCGGCGGAGAGGUGGGUCAGACCUACUGUCUGCGUUGGAACAACCACCAGACGAACCUGGUACAGAUCCUGCAUGCCCUGCACGAAGUGGGCAGCUAUGUGGACUGCACCCUGGUCGUCGACGACGAGCAAUUCCAGGCCCAUCGCGUUGUCCUGGCCGCCAAUUCCCCAUAUUUCCAGCACAUUUUGCGCGAUGUCCCCCAGGAUCACUGCAGCAUCAUUCUGCCCGGAGUCAAGGGCUUCGAGAUUGCGGCCCUGCUGCAGUACAUGUACACGGGCGAGACGACGGUUACCAAGAGCCAGGAACCGGAGAUCCUGCGCACAGCCAAGGAGCUGCAGGUCAAGGGGCUCUACGACAACCUGAUGAAGUUCAAUCACGCCAGCUCCAGUGCCACGCCCACCUCGAGCUCAACAGCGGGAGGUAAACCUCUAAAUGGAGGCAGCCACAGCCACUCCUCGUCCGUGAUCUCCACAUCCACCCACAUUUCGCCCAGCGCCGCCAUCUCGAGCAGCUGCUCGCCACCACCACCACCGCCGCCCCAGUAUGGCGGCUAUCAGCCCGCCUACAGUCACCACUAUCCACCCCAGUCGCUGCCGGCGGACCGCAGCCAAGGUCCUACCGGUUCGGAGCCCCCACUGACACCCACUCAUGUGACAGCGCCGCCAACGUCGGGACCAUCGUCGGAGACGGGAGCUGGAGGCCAAUGGCCCAUGACCCCGUCCGCUGCCGCUGCCAUGUUGAACUCCGUUUACGAAUCCGCCGCCGAUAUGAAUCCCCUCAAGCGCAAGAAGCUGUCAGCCAUCUCGAGCAUGCUGCUCAGCGGCAAUCGCGACACACCGAUUCUGCGCAAUGUCCUGGCCCAAGCUAACCCCGCCGACUCUUCGCAACCUGGCCCUUUGGUCCUGAAUGGUGAGAAGACCCCCACGCAUCCGCACCAGAAUCCCCAGCACUCGACGGCCGGUGGAGUGGGUGUAAGUGGAGGUGGCGGCGAGAGGAACCACAGCUUCAAUGGCUCUGACUAUGGUGGCGACAAGGAGCCCCUGUCCCCGUACACAGAUCGAUCAUUCGAGGAGGAGACCGGUCAGUCCGGCGGCAAGAAGCCGGAAUGGAAGCGCUACAAGCAGUACACGCGGGCGGACAUGAUGUGCGCCAUCCAGGCGGUGCGCGAGGGCAUGAGUGCGCUCCAGGCGAGCCGCAAGUACGGCCUACCCAGUCGCACCCUCUACGACAAGGUGCGCAAGCUGAACAUCACCACGGGCAGGGGUACCCAUCGCACCCCCAAGCGUAGUCCUCCCGGGGCUGAGGCCUCGCAGGGAUUCCCUUAUUCCGCGGCCGCAGCAGCUGCAGCUGCUCACAACUAUGGCCAUGGACAUGUGCAUCCCUCGGAGCUGAAACGUGACUCCAAGGGGGAUCACGUGCCCGCUCACCAUGGCAUGCCACCCACCAUUCCUCCCUCGGCAGCCGCCCUGCUGGAUCAUGCCUUCCUGCAGCAGGCUCUGGAGAACCGAGGCGGUGACAUGGCCGGCCGGGAAGCUCUCCAUGCCAUGGCCUUGGCCGCCGCUGCCCAUGCAGCGGCCAACCGCAUGUCCAGUAGUCCAGCGGACAUGGAUCAGCGUUCCAAUGGCCAUGGCAUGCGAUCACCGAGCCCCGGCCGUCACUAUCAGGACCAGGAGGCCAUGGACCUGGAGAUGGAAAAGCAUGAACAGCGCUUGAUCAAGCGAGAGCGCGACCAGGACGAGCGGGAAGAUGCCGACGAUGAGGAGGAUCAUGAGCAGGAGCAUGUGGAGGAUCUGUCGCUGGCGAGGAAGGAGCGUCCACCAUCGCCCUACUCGCCGCAGCCGCCACAGGUGGAGGGAGCAGGAGCGGCCGGGGUGAUCAUGCAUGCCAGCAGUGCCAAUGGCAAGGAUCAUGAGCAUGAACAUGAGAGGGAGCGGGAGCGAGAACAGGAGGACUAUCCACACUCGCCGCCACCCUUUGCCCUGGGCAUGGGCCUCAAGCGGGAACUUAUCGAGGGCGAGGAGCCCCAGGCGCGGGCUGACUGAUUAACGCUCACCAUGGCCUGGCAGUAUGCGGCGGACAGCCUCGACUCCCUAGAUUAGACCAGGCUCAACCCCUAAACCCCCUUUUAAACCCUUGUUGUGUUACUUCUUUCCUUAACCCUCGGCUCUCGACAUAACCAGAGCCGAGCCAGCGUUGGUGAAGCUUUAAACGAACAGAGAAGAGAGAGAGACCUCAAGUCCCAGUCGUCGUCAACCACGAAAUCAAACCCACACAAAAACCACAACUAAAAUUAAGCUAAGAUUGUUGUUCAGCAUCAUCACUUUGUGCCUAAAAAAAAUAUUAGCAGAGAUUAGGAUUAGCUAGGACUAGGCAUAGAAUAGGUCAUAGGCUAUAGGCUAUAGGCACUCGUAGGCCAUCAUCGUAGGGAAAACCAUCAGCUCCCCGCCGAUCCAACUGACAAACGUAAGCUAGACCCACACUUAUACAUGAGACUGAACGGGGAUCAGACGGGGCGAGUACAGUCGAAGGAGGAUUAGGAGGACUAGGAGGAGCAUUAGGACAGAGCAGAAGAGGCUCAGCUACACACAACUUGUACAACUUUGUUAAAAUGCCAGUGAUUUGUUUUAAAAAUUAUUAGCACUAGAUUAUUUAUAAUAGAACGAACCGAACGAACGCCUUACGUUUAUGAUUUUCGAUCUUCUUCGAACACUUGAACUACCUCAACUAGCGUAUAUCCUUGUUAUAGAAGAGUAUAUAUAUAUAUAUAUAUAUAAAUCGUCCUGGGUUGAAUUUAUAAGACUGACACCGCGACUCAAAAAAAGAAAAACAAAAAAAGAAAACGUACCACGAGCAACAGCACACAAAAACGCAUUCAAAUAAAAUAACAAAAUCGGAGAGAUCCUUUAGUUAAACCCUAAAUAGCCAUAAGUUCCAUACAAAUUGAUUAGUUCUAAGCCACCACACAAAACUAGGCUUAAAAACUAAACACUAAAUACAAAAAAUUUAAUGAUUAAGGCAAAAAAAAAACAUGCGCUGGGGGCAAUGCAAUAGGCUCUUUAAUUUUAAACCUAGACUCUUUGCGGUCGAGAUAAUGUUAAUGUUGUUAUACCAAGUAACUCUCUGUACAUAGAAUCAUAUAGUUCUCUCACCUAUAUACACCUGCGAACUCUAUAUUACAUAGCGCCUAAGUAAAUACAAAUUGUAAUGCAAUUUAAAUUAUAAACUAGAGACACAAACACACACGACUUUCAUCAUGUAAAAGAGCUGCGUGAAGAGCGCUAAAUAAAACUGACUGAAGAAUCAAAUAA